CUGCCAUUUCCUUUUCCGUCGACGUUCCUCUCCAAGUAGCAGCUCUUCUUGUUCAGUCCGCAAAAGACAAAGAAACAUGUCCGACGAAGGAAAACUUUUCGUCGGUGGCCUGAGCUUCGACACCACAGAGCAAUCUCUUGCAGAAGCGUUCUCAAAGUAUGGAAAUAUCUCUAAAUGUGAUGUCAUCAUGGACAGAGAAACAGGAAGGCCUCGUGGAUUCGGCUUCGUAAAGUACGACAAUCCCGAGGAUGCGAAGGACGCUAUGGAUGCAAUGAACGGCCAGUCUCUCGACGGCAGAACCAUCCGUGUGAACGAGGCAGGCCAGGGCGGUGGUGGAGGUCGUGGAGGUGGCGGUGGAUACAGAGGUUCCCGAGGUGGUGGUGGAUACGGCGGUGGAGGUGGAUAUGGUGGAGGCGAGAGGAGUUACGGUGGUGGCGGAGGAGGCCGCAGCUAUGGCGGAGAAGACCGAGGAUACGGAGGUGGUGGUGGUGGUGGUGGUGGAUACAGGAGCGGUGGAGGCCGAGGCGGGUACUCCUCUGGUGGCGGAUACAGGGACAAUCAAUAGGUUGGGCCCAGGAAGGCUACGGAGACCGUUCUAGGCCGGGGAUCCUACAGAGACUGCUAGCUCUACAACAGUUAACGUUAUGCUGCACACGAGUAAAACUCCGAUUCAAGAUCAUCCCUUGGCUGGCUGUAUUUAAAAGAUGCGCUCCUCAAGAAAUGUCCACGUGUUGUUGUUGACCGGAUGACUUUUGUAGUCCUAUUCUGUGUUUAAUUAGCUAAGUUAGCUUGCUAGCUAGCUCGAGCGUCUUUCAAUUUAGCCACGUGUGUCGGCCAUUCAUUUCCAAACCAUGUGAAAAGUUCAUGUUCUCUUGCCCAGUAACAUUCCACCUUUGUACUUUCUGUUUGUAUCCUCAACAUUAUUUUUUGUGUCAAUUUUGGCUUUAUGGAACCUAUUAAACGAUUUCUUUGGAAAAACAA